AUGUGGCUAAUAUUUUUGGUUAUGUGGAAAAAUUUCAUGUAGCUAUAUCUAGUAUCUAUAAUCGUUAUUUAUUAAUUCGGUAUUGAAAGAAUAGUAUUGAAGAUGCCCGAUGCGGAUACUGUUAGGGUCCCUGAAAAUGGAUCCGAAUGCGAAUCGGCAAGCGAUGAAAAUAUCUCCAAAAUAAACAUCCUCCAGAAGAAGAAAAAGAAACGUGGAAUCAUUUACUUAUCAACAAUACCGCCAUACAUGAAUGUUGCGAAAAUAAGAGAAAUUUUUAGUCAAUACGGCGAGAUUGGUAGGAUAUAUCUUCAGCCGACAACAAAACCAGGUGAAAAACGUAAGCGUGUACCAAACCAAUUCUCGGAAGGCUGGGUUGAGUUCCAAAAGAAAAAGAUUGCUAAACAAGUUGCAGUUAAUCUUAAUAAUGCUAAAAUUGGUACAAGAAAGAAGUCACGGUAUUACGACAUGAUAUGGAAUAUAAAAUAUAUACCCAGGUUCAAGUGGGUGCAUCUUAGUGAAAGAUUGGCAUAUGAGAAGGCCGCCAUGAAACAAAGGCUCCGAGCUGAGAUAUCACAGGCUAAGAAAGAGGCACACUUCCUACAGAACAAUGUUGAGAAGAGUAAGAAAAUUAAACGUAAGAAAGCUAUGGAAAUUGCCGAAUAAACAUCAUUGUUAUAAAAA